AUGGAUCAUGUCAAUCACACAUGGACUCAAGUGUUCAUCCUUGCUGGUUUUACUAUCACUGGAACCCUGCAGCCUCUUGCAUUCUUGGGGAUCCUGUGCAUCUAUCUCUUCACCCUAGCAGGAAACUUGUUCAUUAUCAUCCUGGUUCGAGCAGAUUCUGGACUUUUCACACCAAUGUACUUCUUUAUCAGUGUCCUCUCCUUCUUGGAAUUCUGGUAUGUCAACACCACAGCGCCCACACUGCUGCAUACCUUGCUCCAUGGAUGUUCACCCAUCUCAUCAGCUGUGUGCUUCAUCCAGCUGUAUGUCUUCCAUUCAUUGGGCAUGACUGAGUGCUAUCUGUUGGGUGUCAUGGCUCUGGAUCGCUACCUUGCCAUCUGUCACCCACUCCACUAUCAUGCUCUCAUGAGCAGAAAGUUACAGUUAUGGUUAGCAGGGGCCACUUGGGUGGCUGGCUUCUCAGCUGCACUUGUACCUGCUAGCCUCACAGCCACUCUGCCCUUCUGUUUGAAAGAGGUAGCCCAUUACUUUUGUGAUCUGGCACCACUAUUACAAUUGGCAUGUGUGGACACAAGCUGGUAUGUUCAGGUCCAUGGGGCAGUGAUUGGAGUGGCCACUGGGUGCAACUUUUUGUUCAUUUUGGGGCUCUAUGGGGGUAUCCUGAGAGCUGUGCUGAAACUGCCCUCAGCUGCCAGCCGUGCAAAGGCUUUCUCCACCUGUUCCUCCCAUAUGACUGUAGUGGCACUCUUUUAUACUUCUGCCUUUACAGUUUAUGUGGGCUCACGUAGGAUUCACCCCGAGGGCAUGGAGAAAUGUAUUGCCUUGGUAUAUGCUCUUUUUACUCCUUUCCUCAAUCCCAUUAUAUAUACCCUUCGUAACAGGGAGGUGAAGGAAGCCAUGAAAAGGGUCACUGUCAGAAUCAGGACUAUUUUAAAGGCACCCUGA